CAGAAGCGCGCUCGAGGAGAAAGACAAGCGCGCAACCACAGGCUGCGGUACGCGCGGACAGAACAGCAGAGCACAGCCGCUUCAGUCCCGUGCCACCGGACCGGUCGAGGAUUCAUCACUGGAACCGCUUCCCUACACACCUGAGCUGUGGACGUCUGGUUGGAACGGGAGGGUCCGCUGUCUGAUACAGUCCGAGCAGUCUCACUGAAUAGCCGUGGAUGCCGCUGUGUGUUUGAAUGAUCACACUGAGAUUGGAUCGCAAGGCCAAGUCGCUUUGACCUGGAGGGGACGGAUUUUCAUGUAACACACCCUGCCAUGGACAGAAACAGGAAGUGCGCGAUCUGUGGAGGAGUGAUGAUGCUGCUGCUGCUCAGUCACAUGACCACUGCGUUAGAAGUGCCUCUAGACCCGAAAGUUCUGGAGGGAUUACCACAGCCUCCCACAAUAACUCAUCAGUCCCCCAAGGAUUACAUCAUCGACCCUCGGGAGAACAUCAUUAUCCACUGUGAGGCGAAAGGAAAGCCUCAUCCCAGCUUUUCAUGGACACGUAACGGCACUCACUUCGAUGUGGAGAAAGAUUCCAAAGUGAUCAUGAACCCCAACUCGGGCACUUUAGUGAUCGACAUCAGCGGAGAAAAGGCAGAAGCGUAUGAGGGUGUUUACCAAUGUAACGCCCGCAACGUGCACGGAUCUGCCUUGUCUAAUAACAUUGUCAUCCGGCAAUCAAGGUCCCCCUUGUGGUCGAAAGAGAAAAACGAGCCAAUCACUGUGCAGAGGGGCAUGUCUCUAAUACUGCAAUGCAGACCACCGGCUGGUCUGCCUCCUCCAGUCAUCUUCUGGAUGGAUAACAAUUUCCAAAGGCUUCCACAAAACAGCCGCGUGUCCCAGGCUUUAAACGGAGACUUGUACUUUUCCAACGUGCUCAUGGAUGACACCAGAAAUGACUACAUCUGCUACGCACGCUUCCCACACACCCAGACCAUCCAACAGAAACAGCCAAUCACAGUCAAUGUGCUGGACAUUGAAUCUAUGAAUGACACUAUGUUGGCAGCUUUUUUGAAUGGCUCAGAUUUGUUGGGUGACAGUCCAUCUGGGGAGAGAGCACCUACUUUAAUGCAACCACCAGGAACACACAGUACCACCAUGGUCCUGAAAGGAGACACAAUGGAUCUGGAAUGCAUCGCGGAUGGCCUUCCGACACCAGACAUCUCCUGGAGUAAAGUGAACGGAGAGCUGCCGAGUGGGCGGUUUUCCUUUCACGGUUUCCAGAAAACCCUAAAGAUAACAGAGAUGACAGAAGCAGACGAUGGAGAGUACCGCUGUCUAGCCAAAAACCACCUGGGGAACAACCAGCACAUCAUCACUGUUGUGGUCAAAGCGGCACCAUUUUGGAUCAGCGCCCCCCAGAACCUCAUCCUAGCCCCUAAAGAAACAGGAAUGCUUAACUGCCGGGCCGAUGGCAAUCCCAAACCCAAGGUCACCUGGUCUGUCAACGGCGUGCCUAUUGAGAACUCACCUGCGGAUCACAGUCGGAAAAUCGAAGAAGAUGUCAUCAUCCUUAGUGAUGUGCAGGUCGGCUCCAGCGCAGUUUACCAGUGUAAUGCCUCCAAUGAGUACGGAUACCUCCUGGCCAAUGCAUUCGUCAGUGUCCUGGCCGAACCCCCGAGAGUCCUGACUCCUCCAAACCACCUGUACACAAUCAUCUCAAAUAGUAGGGCGCUGCUGGACUGUGCUUCGUUCGGCUCGCCUCUUCCAAAGAUAACUUGGUUUAAAGACGGUCAAAGCUUGCUGGAUGGCGACUCGUACAUUAUUCAUAAAAACGGCACCUUGGAGAUCAGCGUGGCCCAGCCGCUAAACGGAGGAAAGUACACCUGCAUGGCCUCCAACAAUCUUGGAAACAAAGAGAACCAUGUGCAUUUGGAAGUGAAAGAACCAACACGCAUCCUAAAGCAGCCUGGAUAUAAAGUGGUCCAAAGGAACGGCGUUGCUAUGUUCGAAUGUAAGGCAAAACACGACCCCACGCUCAUCCCUUCCAUGAUAUGGCUCAAAGACAACGAAGAGCUCCCGGACGACACACGAUUUGUGGUGGGCACUCAUAGUCUGACUAUUCGUGAGGUGACAGAAGACGACGAAGGCACAUACACCUGUAUUAGAAACACCACGCUGGACCACGAUUCUGCCAGCGCUGUGCUCACUGUAGUUGAGGCCACAACAGCGCCACCUGUUGUUCUGGAGCAACCAGAUCCCCCCACUGACCUAGAGCUGACGGACCAACAAGAGCGCAGUGUUCGGCUUACCUGGACCCCUGGAGAUGAAAACAACAGCCCUGUUAAAUCGUUCCUGAUUCAGUAUGAGGAUUCGCUCCAUGCACCAGGAGUGUGGGUCAAUAUGACUGAGAUCCCCGGAACAAGCAACACUGCUCAUCUCAACCUGUCUCCAUAUGUGUAUUACUCAUUCAGAGUGUUGGCACUCAAUGACGUGGGUCUAAGUGAACCCAGCGUCCCAUCUGGACAGUACAGGACCAACCCUUCCCAGCCUGACAUGAAUCCAUCAGAUGUUGAAGUUGUUGGGACAUCACCUGACAGUAUGACCGUAACUUGGAAGGAACUGACAGGAUUAGAUUUGAACGGUCCGGGUCUGCAGUACAAGGUGAGCUGGAGACAGAAGGACGUGGAGCAGCACUGGACGUCAUUCAUUCUAGCCAAUAUCUCACAAUAUGUAGUCACAGGAACGCCCACUUUUGAACCCUAUGAGGUCACAGUACAGGCAGUCAAUGACUAUGGACCGGGCCCCAGACCAGUGGUGGUGCUGGGAUACUCGGGAGAGGACUUGCCUACUUUUGCCCCUGAGAACAUGCAAGUUUUGGUUCAGAACGGCUCAGUGGCUGAAAUCCGUUGGGACGCUAUUCCUCUUUCAACAGUCCGAGGCCGACUAAAGGGGUACAAGGUGAGCUACUGGAGACGAAGAAGUCUCCUCAAGCAAGACCCUAAUCCUGAGAAGCCACAGUUGAUCAUCUUCCGUGAAAAUGAGACUGUGGGUCAUCUAUCUGACCUCCAUCCCUACAGCCAGUACAUUUUCAACAUCCGAGUCUUCAAUGGUAAAGGAGACGGACCCACCAGCUCCGAUCAGCAGUUCACAACUCCAGAGGGAGUUCCCGGGCCUCCUACCGAAUUAAAAAUCAAAAAUCUGGACCUGGACUCGUUGAUUGUGGAGUGGGCAUCACCUCUGGAGGACAAUGGCCAUCUUACAGGAUACCGCCUCAAAUAUCAACCUAUCAACGCAACAAAUGAACUUGAGCCACUAAAAGAGCUGACUCUCCCACCAAAUGAGACCAGUGUCACUCUCGACAACCUUAAAUACAGUACACGCUACAAGUUUUAUCUGAACGCCAUGACCAUCAUUGGCCUGGGACCCACUGUUAUUGAAGAGGCUGUCACGGUCAUGGAUGAAGCAUUAAUUCGACAUCCCGCAGUAGAGGCGGGUAAAGGCUCAACCCCCCCUCCACCACCACAAACACCCCCUGUCACUCAAUCUUUGCAGCCCCCGUUUCACAAGGCGCCCCCUUCAGGUCGGAUGUUUGCAUUCGUGAACUCCUCGGUGGAGGAGGACCAUGCCGUGAUAAACUGGGAAUACUCGGGUCCGGAUAGGAAUGUUUUUGUGGAAUAUGUUGUUGAUAACAGUAAAGAACCUUGGAAAACAGAGUUUGUUAAUGGCACUCGGACAUAUCAGAUUAAAGGUCUAAAGCCCGGGAUUUCCUAUAGGGUUCGUGUGGUAGCCAAAGACCACUCGGACGCAACUGUCCACAGUACAGAAGAGAUGUUGAUUACAGUUCCAGCUAUGAGCAGCAAACAGGUUGAUAUAGCAACACAGGGCUGGUUCAUCGGACUCAUGUGUGCCAUUGCGUUACUGAUCCUGGUGUUACUCAUCGUUUGCUUUAUUAAGAGAAACAAAGGUGGCAAAUACCCAGUGAAAGAGAAAGAAGAUGCCCACCAAGACCCAGAGAUCCAACCCAUGAAAGAGGAUGAUGGGACAUUUGGUGAAUACAGUGAUACGGAGGACCACAAGCCCCUGAAGGGCAGCCGGACCCCUUCCAAUGGCACGGUGAAGAAGGACGAUAGCGACGACAGCCUGGUGGAUUACGGCGAGGGUGGUGACGGGCAGUUCAACGAGGACGGCUCCUUCAUCGGCCAGUACAGCGGGAAGAAGGAGAAAGACACAGCGGAGGGCAACGAGAGCUCAGAGGCUCCCUCGCCCGUCAACGCCAUGAACUCCUUUGUGUAACUGCCUGAACCGACCCGUGACCUUUGACCCGUUAAACACCACGCCCUCGUCACACCAUCAUAUGGAGAACAAGCUGUCUCUAUUGCACUGUGACCCCCUGACAUCACACAGCAAAAGAAAUAAACACAAACAAUUAACGGCAGUCACGUCAGAAAGUGAGUAGACAAAGAUAGCAGUGAGGGAUGUAGUAGAUGAAUGAAAUAUGGUUUUAUAUGCAAGAGGACUUCUGUACCACAAGGCCUGUUCCAGCUUCACCUUGAUUGGUCACAUGUGAAGGUCACAUGACAUUUAGAUGAUAUUGCUUGUAUCUUUUAGCGAGUAUAUGUAUGCACCAAGAAGUAUUUGGACACUUAAGCCACGCUUAAUGAUGUAUAAAUAUUUUUCCUUUAAAUAACAAAAUAUCAACGAGCAGUGUUAUAAAAAUAUUUCACAAUAAUUUGUUUGAAAUCACAAAAUAAUUCUAAAUAUAAAUAAUAAUAUUGCUCCACAUGAAGAAGUUUGCAAUAAGUUUCAUAACGUUCAUAACCUUUUUGGUUAAAAAUAAACAAAAAGUUAUUGAGCAAGCACUUAAUUGUGUUAAACAGGGCUGUCAAACACUUAAUAAGGAUUAAUCGCAUCCAAGAGAAAAGCUUGUGUUUACAUAAUAUAUGUCUGCGUAUUGUGCAUAUUCUUUUUUAUAAACAAACACAUACAUAUACGUAUACAUAUUUAGGAAAUAUUUAAAUGUAUUUAUAUUUACCAAUAAUUAAAAUUCUAAAUAAAUGAUUAUUUAUAUUUAUUUUUUCUUAAAUAUAUGCAUGUACGCACAUCUUUUUAUAAAUACAAAAUUAAUAUACACAGUGCACAGACAUAUAUUAUGCAAACACAAACUUUUAUUCUGAUUAAUUGUUUGACAGUAGUUUAGAACUCUAAUUUAAUUUAUAAGGUAAGUCGAGGUCUUGGGUAUGAUUUCGGAGGAAAUAUCAGUUUGACGUCUUUAGACUAAAGAUAAGUACAUAAACUAUCUUGGUAAUGUGUGUUUCAAACAGAGAUUGCGCUACAGAGGCAGAAGUCAUGAAUUUGCAGCUUUAGGUUAAUUUAAAAGUUAGUAUUAACCAAAGCACUAGCUUUAUAUAUUUUGUUAUAUAAUGCAAUGGCAUUCCUACAUUUUUAAGCGCAGAUGAAGUGUCCAAAUACUCUUUGGAACUACUGUAUUGCAGAAUAUGUGUCUAUGAAUAUAUAAAUUGAUAUAUACGAAAAUAUUUUCUAAACAUGGCCCCAUUAACUGGCAUAUGCCAUUGUAUCACACCAUCUCGUCCUCGGGACUUGCAUGGAAUCAGUUUCUCUUACGCCCUCAGCCUUGUAAAGAAUGUGAACCCCGUCUGACUACGCUCACCUUCUUCACAGCUAAUGCCUGUCGCCUUCUGUUGUCAGUGUUCAAAUCGGUAUUAUGCACAUUUAAGGCACCAAUGUCUUUGUGGACAGUAUGUGACUACUUGUGCAAAGUGUUUUAGGCGUCUUUCUCGGCAGACGAAAACUGAAUAUACAAAAAUUGCAGUAAAACUGGGUAACAGGGAUGCGAGGUAGCAUGUUUGAGCCACAGAAACACUCUUUGGAAAUGAACUGUCCUUCACACACAAAGACAUGGUUGUAUCCUCUUUGCUGUUAUUUUUUCAUUUGUGCCCCAUGUUUUUUUUUCUAGUGUUUUAUUUAUUCACAACAAAACUUUCUUCCCUGACAAAGUUAAGAAGCAGGCUUUGUCUAAUCGGGACUGUUAUUCUAAACUGCAUUGUGAAGGAAAGCCCCCAGUCAGCCAUGUAGCCGCCCCCUUGACACCGGUCACCCACGAACAUCUCGCAGCGCCCUCGGUGUGGUCUCAGAGUAUGGGAUGCAAGAAAUGGCCCUCAGCACGGUUCCUUAGUGCCUUGGUAGAAAAGAUUCUGUGAUCACAAAUUCGCUUUUAUUCGGAGUGGGUCGACUGCAGAACACAAGACAAGGUGAUGUCAUCAACAUGCGUAUCGGAACCCAAAUAUCACAGGCCACAGAAAUCCUGAUCACUUCAGUUUUGGGCAUCUCAUUACCCUUACAGACAGCUAAAACUACUGCCACUUUUCUGUAAAGGGUGAACUGUUGAUCGAAUGGUCUGGUGUGACAAACUCAUGGCACUUGUGAAAGCUCAUAGUGUGUUUGAAUGCGAUACCAAUGCACACCGUCUCACAUGUAACCACUUUUGGAAAAUCACGUUAUGCAUGUUAUGAAUUAUUAAAAGCUGUUGAGUCUAAUCGGGGCUUCACAAAACACACAGUCCGCAGUGGUGCUGUCAUCAAAUAUGGCUGAGCGUGUGUGUGCAGGUAUGUCUAUGUAUGCAUUUAUGCAGGCAUGAAUAUAUGUGUGUGUAUGGGGAGUAUGCGUGUAUACAUGAGUGUAUGAUUUAUGUGUCUGAAUAUACGUUGCCUUUGUAUAUACUCUAUGGGGCGAUCCUUUUGGAAAUCCCCAGAUUUCCACGAUUUGGCUUGUCAUAACUUGCAUCAAGUUUUUUUUGUUUGCAAUUGUCUGCUUUUUAAUGUAUAGGCCUUAUGUUGCUUUGUAAAUAUCCAGAUUAUUUUAGAAACAUGGGACUGAGCUGUGUGAAACACCUUGUGAAGAGCUGCUGAGGUACCCUCUCACACGGCACUUACCCCAAACUGUCCUUUCUACGGAGUCACUUCAGAAUAAAGCACUUGCAAAGAGACAACAGUCCCUCAUCCAAAAUCCCAUUCCUCACUAUUAUAGGAAAAACUAGAUAACCUGCUUUGGAUCAGUAAAAAUGGCCCAUUUCUGUGAUGACCGAGGUUAAGGAACGCUGCAGGGAAGCACACAGUGUACCACCUGAUUUCAUUUCAGCUGUUAUUCUUUUUCUGGCUCUGUUGUUUUGUUUUCUAUAUGGCCAGGUGUUUCUGCAUUUUGCGCAUUUUAGGUUUAUGAACCUUUUUUGUAGGAAAAAGAUGAGAUGAUUUCAAAUAAAUGGACACAUCCCCAAAGAUGGAGGGCACAGCACGCUGAAUCUUUUGAUGUGUUACAUGUCACAGGGGGGCAUACGCUGAAUGAAAAGUAGUGUGUGAAAUAAUAUGCUGGUUAAUGUUAAAGCUAAGUGAAAAUAAAGCAUGAAAGGCUGUGAAAUGGUUUACUCUAUAAUAUAAUCACAAAAAUAUUUUGUAUAUAAAAGAAUUCAAAUAAAUGUUGGUUUCUGGAUUUCACUA